UCAGGAUGAAAGUUUACUUAACACUAUUAUCAACAUUAUUAUUAGUUGACUAUGUUAUGUCCGCACAGUUGUUGUUGAACGAUACUAAGCCCAGUGCCGAUCCCCGACAUAACACUGACUACUAUGAGAAGCUAACUAUAACUCAAAUCAAGGAUCAGAUGGACAGGGAUAUGCUAUACGUUAGCAGAUUGAUGGAUACGGCCGAGCAGUUAGCAGUGGCCACUGGACUCAUAAUACCGCCGAUGUUUUAUCGGGACGCGCGUGAGUUUGUCCUGCAAACACUGGCACCGGAAACCUUGUGCACACUAGACUCGUGUCAAUCGGAUACUAAUAAGACAUUGUAUGCUAUGAUAGCACGCGAUGUAUACGGUUUCCGACAUAUGACUGACCGGAUAGUCAAUGAUAGGCAACACCAACAACAGUCGGUGUUCAGUACUACUACCGAUACUACCGGUGCCGAUGCCGAUGAACAGCAACUGUUGGCUGAUCUCGAGGCUCGUGAGGAAUCACUGUUUCAGGCACUGACCUAUAUUGCCGAUGUCAAGUCCCGUGGACCCAAUGGACUGGUAUUUAUGUCAACGUUUCAUAAAAUGAUCUAUACAUAUUUGGAAAAAGAGUUUCCCAAAAUUAACCAGGCUAUUCAACAAUUGCCAACCAGUGAUAUACGUAUCAAAAAUAUACAAUUGCUCCUGGAUGAUUUACUAUUGCUUACAAAAGAACCAUGGUGA